AUGGACGUGGACGUGGACUUGGACGUGGACAUGGACGUGGACGUGGACAUGGACGUGGACAUGGACGUGGACAUGGACGUGGACAUGGACAUGGACGUGGACAUGGACGUGGACAUGGACGUGGACAUGGACGUGGACGUGGACGUGGGCGUGGACGUGGACGUGGACGUGGACGUGGAGAUGGACGUGGACGUGGACGUGGAGGACUUGGACGUGGAGAUGGACGUUGACGUGGACGUGGACGUGGACAUGGACGUGGACGUGGACAUGGACGUGGACGUGGACGUGGACAUGGACGUGGACAUGUACGUGGACGUCGACGUGGAAGAAGACGUGGACGUGGAGAACUUGGACAUGGACAUGGACGUGGACAUGGACGUGGACGUGGAUGUGGACGAAGACAUGGUCGUGGAUGUGGACGUGGACGUGGACGUGGACGUGGACAUGGACGUGGACGUGGACGUGGACGUGGACAUGGACCUGGACAUAGACGUGGACGUGGACGUGGACGUGGACAUGGACGUGGACGUGGACGUGGUCGUGGACGUGGACGUGGACAUGGACGUGGACAUGGACGUGGACGUGGACGUGGAGGACUUGGACGUGGAGAUGGACGUUGACGUGGACGUGGAUGUGGACAUGGACGUGGACGUGGACAUGGACGUGGACGUGGACGUGGACAAGGACGUGGACAUGUACGUGGACGUCGACGUGGAAGAAGACGUGGACGUGGAGAACUUGGACGUGGACAUGGACGUGGACAUGGACGUGGACGUGGAUGUGGACGAAGACAUGGUCGUGGAUGUGGACAUGGACGUGGACGUGGACGUGGACAUGAACUUAGACGUGGACGUGGACGUGGACGUGGACGUGGUCGUGGACGUGGACAUGGUCGUGGACAUGGACGUGGACAUGGACAUGGACGUGGACGUGGACGUGGACGUAGACAUGGACGUGGACCUGGACGUGGACGAGGACGUGGACGUGGACAUGGACGUGGACGUGGACGUAGACAGGGACAUGGACUUGGACAUGGACGUGGACGUGGACAUGGACGUGGACGUGGACAUGGACAUGGACAUGGACGUGGACGUGAACGUGGACGUGGACAUAGACGUGGACGUGGACGUGGACAUGGACAUGGACACGUCCACGUCCAUGUCCACAUCCAUGUCCAUGUCCACGUCCACGUUCAUGUCCACGUCCAUGUCCAUGUCCAUGUCCAUGUCCACGUCCACGUCCACGUCCACGUCCAUGUCAUUUGCACUCUAA